UUCAGCUCAACCGGAGAACAUGGUGUUCAAGAGGUACGUCGAGAUAGGGCGUGUGGCUCUCGUAAACUUCGGAAAGGACUAUGGCAAGCUCGUCGUCAUCGUCGAUGUCGUCGACCAAAACAGAGCGCUUGUGGAUGCCCCUGACAUGGAGAGAAUCCAGAUGAAUUUAAAGAGGCUUUCUCUUACUGAUAUCGUCAUUGAUAUCAACAGAGUGCCUAAGAAGAAGAAUCUCAUUGAGGCUAUGGACAAAGCUGAUGUGAAGAACAGGUGGGAGAAGAGUUCAUGGGGUAGGAAGCUGAUUGUGCAGAAGACAAGAGCUUCCCUCAAUGACUUUGAUAGGUUCCAGAUUAUGUUGGCCAAAAUCAAGGUCACUUUCCUUCUCUCUUCUACUCCAAUUUUAUUAGGUCCCUUAUCUUCUUCCCCUACUCGGAAAAUAGAUAUAUGUUAGAUAGAUUAAUUUGUUAUAUCCUAGGAAAAUUUGUUGAACCUCAAAACUAGUUACAUGUUUCUAAUGCUAAACUCAGUUAUUUACCUGUCUUAAUCACUCUAUGUAAUGGAUUUUCAAGUGUUAUAAUUUUGCAGAGGGCGGGUGUUGUGAGGCAGGAGCUUGCAAAGCUCAAGAAAGAGAUCACCGCUUGAUGUAUGUACGACAUAUCAGACUUAUCUUUUGUACAAGUUUAAACAGUUUUGCAAAUGAUAGUUCAGAACUUGAAACCUUUUUUGAUGCUUAAGACAUUUAUUAUUACCCUCUCC